CAUCAAUUGAUCGGGCACAUCGUCUCUGUUCUUCGGCGCCGUCCCGUGGAGUCUGUCCCAGCCCGACUGCCCCGGAUUCUGAAAUCGCACUGCUUUCUGACCCGCCUGACGCAACGCACGCACAUCAACGCAACGGCAUCCACUUCCGGAGCCCCAUCAUCGCUCCUUGGCCGUGCCUUGCUGGCGCUCGCCGCCACUGGCCGAAUAACGCAUCACCAUGUUCCAAAGCAAGCGCUUCAUUGAAAAAAACACUCCGGCUUAUGCCAAGAGUCGCUUCCAGUUCCUGCAGCAGCUGGUGACGGAAUACCAAGAAAGCAGCGAUACGGAGGUUCGAAAAACAGCAGUUGCGCACCUGGCCAACUUUGCCUAUGAUCCCAUCAACCACCGAUGGCUUGUGCAGCUGAAUGCCACCGACUUGUUUUUAGAUAUCGUUGCUGAAACUGAGGACAAUGAGCUUCGACAGUUUGCUCUGGGCGGUCUCUGCAACAUUGCCAUCGAUCCCGAAGCACAGCAUUUGAUCGCCACCGGCGACGGAAUCCCUUUGAUCGCUUCAACGUUGUCCUCGGGUUCCCCAGAUAUUGUCCUUACUGCAAUGACGACCCUCUAUCUUCUCAUCAACCCAUCAACCAAACCAUAUAUACUGACAAGCGGAAUCAAGGCAUACCUGACCUCCGCAGUUCAGUCGGCCAACCCUCGAAUAUCGAAUCUAGCUGGGGCCAUUCUCGAGUUGGUGUGAUGCCUCUGCCACCAGCCGCUCUUGGACUGCCCUUGGACUGCCCUUGGAGCAUUCGCCGGAAAAUACUGCCUUGCCGGUGAGCGGCGCUGGAACGGCUCAUCAGCGAAUAUGAAUCCGUUUUUAUGUGGAAUGAAAUGAAGCCUCGCUGCGAGAGCCAUCAGCGCUGUGUCUGCAUCAUGAAUGCACAACACAAUCGGCCAUCACCGGAAUCCGAGGGCCGUCGCAUGGGAUUUCUGCGGUGUGUUGGGCCGAUCCAUCGUACCAAUAUGUGCA